UGAAUCACACCCAACAAAUUAUUGAGUCCGUUACACAGCCAUCAGCAGGGCAACACGGGCUGGGGGGCGAGCACAGGGCCUUCAGAGUCUCCCCGUGGCGGCGUGUGGCAGCGAUUGUUUUGAAAAUGGCAGAGUGAGCGCCGCCCGCCGCCACGACCUCAGGUGCAGGGAAAGGAAGUGUGUGACCCUCGCCGCGGCCACACUCACGAGCCGCCACGCACCGCCAGCUUGUGUUGUCACUCGGCCGUCACCGCCUGGCAACACAGUAAACUUUCUCAGUGUUGGGUGCGCUCCCCUCCAGUACUCAAUCCUGCCCAUGGCCUUCUGAAUGCCUGCCACUGUGUGAACCCUGAGGCUCUACUGGAAGUGCCUCACUGCCCCUGGAUGCUCUCCUUACCACAUCAGGAGGAUGGCCGAGGUGCUGACAGUGGUGGCGGAGGAGAUGGGGCGGGUGUUUGGCCUGGUGUGGAGUGGCGUCGGGGUGGCCGUGCGCCUCAACAACCAGGUCAUGACCACCGUCCUCAAGGUGACAACACGCAUCGUCCAGUUGCUGCUUCUCCUCACACACAAGGCAGCUGAUCUCCUUUCUCUGCUGCUGACUGACCUGCUGCUCUUCUUGGGGGACAUAGGCAAUGCAGUGAUGGCCGUGGCCACUGCCCUCAGAACAGCCGUCCUGCUCAUCUUUGCCUUCAUCAACGGCAUUGCCGUCAGCAUCAUGUCAGCUGCUGUGUACUCUUGCCAGCUGGUCCAUGCUUCCUACUUGGCCAUCCUGUCAGGUGCCAUGAUGGCUGUGACCCAGCUGGGUAAUUUCUUCAUGGCCCUCAAGCAUGCCUUUGUCCUGUUUGGCUCGUCAGUCGUGUUCAUCAUCGGCUUCGUGCCAAACGUGGUGUGUCUGGUAUUCUCCGGCAUGGUUCAUCUCUGCUCCUACAGCUUCCUGACCUGUAGUCAGGCUGUGAGUGAUGCCUGGCUCUGGGUCAGCCAGGCAACCAGCUGCUGCUUCAACACUGUGGUAGAAUUCUUCUCAGACAUCCCUUUGGAAGCCAUCCUUGGGGUGGCGGCAGGCCUGGGCCUCAUGGUUGGCCUGAAGUAUGUUUUGUUCUACAUGAUGGACAACAUGAUUCUGAUCCCAGACCUGCCCUCGCCUGUGGCCCUCGGCGUGCUGCGGCAGCGACUGGUCCGCUGGUACAUGGGGCUGGUGCGUCCACCCCGCCAGCGUCUGCUGCCUGAGCCCGACACAGAAGAGGAGGAGAUGGAUGACACCAACGAUGAGAACGGAAAUGACAACAACGACAACGUGCCCGACCUGAACCUGCCCCAGAACCAGCACUUUGAGAUGCCGGCGAACCCUCCCCUGGUGGCCCAGCCCCAGGCCAGACCACCCCUUACGCGGCAGCAUCUGAGGGAGCAGGACGAGGCUGUUCCCCAGGGCGAAGCCGGUGGGAGCAGCACAGCUCCUCCUCCGGGGUAUGUGGACAAACUUCUGUACCAGGAGCUGGAGGAGGAGCGUGAGAGCCGGUUGUGUGUGGUUUGCCAGGACGAACCAAAGUGCAUCAUUCUGCUGCCCUGUCGUCACCUGUGUCUGUGCAGUGCCUGCAGCAUAGCCAUCACCCGGCGGCGGGGAGGCUGCCCGGUGUGCCGGCAGCAUGUCAGGGAAACCAUGAAGGUGUUCCUCUGAUGCACGCCUCAUUAGGAUGUUGAACAUUCCGUUAAGCCUGUGUAGUGCAGGAUAGACUGUUUGCAUAGAGCAAAUUGUACAACUCUAGGCAUGUACAACAUUGUGUUAUUUUUAGUAAGACAUGCCUAGAUUUUUUACAUGCUGUAUCAAGGGUAUUUGUAACCUUCCUGCCAAACUCUCCAACUGGUGCUCUCAUUCCUGGGACAAAGUUUUGCAGGCCAAACAUUCAAGUGGCAAGGCCACUGUGUGUAUGGGAGGCUGUUGGAUGUCGAGAUGUAUGUGGUACUCUCACCCCGCCCACAUGGCCGGGAUAUGGUGGACUGAAUGUACACUUGUUUGUACCUGACCUCUCUUAGAGCUGUGUUGGAGUGAGUGUUGGGACAGACUAUGCUUCCACCUCCCUGCUCUUCUGGUUGUCACCACAUCAACAUAACAGUUGUCAGUUAAUGUCUGAAGUGUUGUUGCAUACAAGUAUUAUGUUUUCCAGUAACUCCUUGAACAGGGAAUCAAGAUGAGAGUUGGCACAUUCCAAGGAAUGUCACUGCCAAAUGAUUGUGAUACAAAGUGAACUAUGCCUUGAAUUUUAGUUUGCUCAGUACUUUUAACAUUUUAACAUAUCAUUAAUUUCCAUAAAUGAAGUUGUUAGUGAUAGUACUGUUGCCUCUCUAGCUUCAUGAUGCUUUUCUAAAAUAGGGAUUUUUAUUUGUUAUUUUUAACAAAUUACAGACCAGUGUUAAAAUAUCUGAGACAAUGGACGUUUUUUAGUCAUAAAUAAGCCUUUUGUCAGUCGGUUCAGAGAAUAAGAACAUAUUAGUCUGCAAGAGGCCGGUAGGCCUGUACAAGAGCUUUAUUAAGUUGUGGAGUUUUGGGGGCAGCUGGCGAUGGCGUGGCCUGCUGUGGUGGAGCACGGCCCGCCACGACUCUGGCUGCCCUAUCUUGUGUGUGCAUAUUUAGUGUUCAGCGGCAAGUGUUUACAUUACUUGCUGCACACUGUUUGGAGUGUCUCAUUGGAACAGCUGUAAAGUUUGGCUCUUCUUUUGUAACCUCUGAGGUGAAAAAUGUACAAGGGCUGUGUACACAGUCAUUCCUUUAGGAUCUGAGGAGUUUAUAUUCAAUAAAAAUGAAAUGUAUGUAUA